AUGUCCAACGGGACGGGAGAGGUGAACGACUCCAACGGGACAUCCAACGGGACGACCUUGGACGUCCCCCCGACCUUCCUCCAGACUGCCGGGGCCCAGGCCAUCUCGGGAUUCUUCGUCUGGUUCGCUCUCAUCCUCACCUGCCACCAGAUCUAUGGCCACCUGCGCUUCUAUACGAGCCCCUCAGAGCAGCGCUGGAUCAUCCGCAUCCUCUUCAUCGUCCCCAUCUACGCUUUCGACUCCUGGCUCAGCCUCAUGUUCUUCAGGGACAACUACUACAUCUACUUCGACAGCAUACGGGACUGGUACGAAGCUUUCGUGAUCUACAGCUUCCUGAGCCUGUGCUACGAAUAUCUGGGCGGAGAGGGAAAUAUAAUGUCCGAGAUCAGGGGGAAGCCCAUCAGGUCCAGCUGGUUGUAUGGGACCUGCUGUCUGGGAGGCAAGACCUACACCAUUGGAUUUCUGAGAUUCUGCAAACAGGCCACGCUCCAGUUCUGUGCAGUGAAGCCCCUGAUGUCUGUCAUCAUCCUGAUCCUGCAGCCACUAGGGAAAUACUCUGACGGCGAUUGGAGGCCUGACAGCGGGUACCUGUACAUCACCAUCGUGUACAACGUGAGCGUGAGCCUGGCCCUCUACGGACUGGUCCUCUUCUACUUUGCCACCCGGGAGCUCCUCUCCCCCUACGAGCCCAUCUGGAAGUUCUGCACCGUCAAGUCCGUCAUCUUCCUCUCCUUCUGGCAAGGCUUCGUGCUGGCCGUCCUGGAGAAGGCCGGAGUGAUCGCCCCCAUCUUCUCGAGCAGGGUGAACGCGGGCCACAGCGCAGGCACGGUGUCUGCGGGCAUCCAGAACUUCCUGAUCUGCGUGGAGAUGUUCUUCGCGGCCCUGGCCCUGCGCUACGCCUUCCCCUACAGGGUCUACAUGCAGGACUGCCCCACAGACGCCAGGGGGCGCUCCGUCACCAUGCAGAGCAUCUCCUCCAGCCUCAAGGAGACAAUGAACCCAAAGGACAUCAUGAACGACGCCAUUCACAACUUCCACCCCCAGUACCAGCAGUACACCCAGUACACGGCCCCGGCCGCCCCGGCCCCCCACUGGGGCAGCGUGGGGGGCGGAGGGGGCGCCCCCCGCCGCCCCCAGCCCUCCCAGAACCGCCAGAUAUCCACCAUCAGCCACGGCUACACCGAGAAGUCCACCCUCCUGAGCUCCGACGACGAGUUCCAGUAGGGGGCGCCACCUUCGAGAGAUUAUGUCCGUGUUCCAUUCCCCUGCUUGGUCUGUGUGGACUGUUCCCCGC